AUGUCUCACCAGUUGGGGCGUGUGGUUUCCGAAAUCCUUCACCGGUAUUUUGGUGAAAUCGUACAACACGUAGGAAACGACUUGUUUAUUUACGGUAGUAAGCCAAUCGGUUUAAUUGCGAAGACUACAGGUCUACCGCGCAAGCAGAUCAUUGAAAGCCUACGCACACUUAUAAAGUUUGAUUUAGUUUCUUUUGAGCCGUCAGUACAUGAAGUUGUAGCAGAUUAUAAAUUGCUUCCCAAUAAUGUGUUGCUUCUUAUAAGAUAUCCAAGAUAUCUCCUUCAAAUCAAGAGUAGAUUUGGUACAGAGGCAGAACUAUUAGUAGAAGAGUUAUUACAGCAAGCAUCAUGCACUGCUACUGCAUUGCUGGUUACCGUUGCUGCCAAAAACAAAGAUGACAAGGAAAAGAACAUAACUAUAUUGAAACUAAGAGACAUAUUUGUCAGUCUUGCCACCGCUGGAUACAUACAACAAGCUCCUGUUGCUGACACUAAAGAAAAUAAUGAAGUACCUUCUCUUGAGCCUGUUGCAACAAUUGUGCCAGAACUCGAUCCAAGGCAGUUGUUGCAUGCAUUGACCACUGGCAGUCUAGUAGAUAUUAAAGAUAAUAUUUACUGGAAGGUUAACUUUGAUAGAUUCCAUCAGGAUUUCAGAGACGAUAUCAUGGUCAAAGCUAUUACGCGGCGUAUUGAUGAUAAUGCCGGUGAGCUGAUGCGAAUUCUACUGCAACAAAUGUACCUUUCCUCCUCUGAGUGGGCUGCGGAAUCGAACCCUACACCUGUUAUUGACAUCCGCGAUGCAGUGCGUUGCCUCGCCGAUAGGCCGUUGCUGACCCAGCAUGUUGAUCACUACUUGAGAGUACUGGAGGAGAAUGGGGCUGGAUUCGUGCGGCGCUGCGGUGAUGCUGGGGGCGGGCAAUAUGCGGUUCAAGGUCGUUCCGCAGCCACCCAGAUGCUGGAUGCUGUUCUGGACCACUUGGUCACCGAGCGGCUGGGCUCCAACGCCGCGAGGAUAUUCAGACUAAUUCGAACAAAGAAGUACAUAGAAGAGGAUGACAUACAGAAGCAUGCCAUGCUGCCUAAUAAAGAGUGCAAGGAAUUAACUUACAAACUUCUUGAGGAACAUUUUAUAAGUGUACAGCCGAUGAGGAAAGCGGCGUCCGCGGGAACCAUGGCGAAGGCAAUAUACUUGUACCACAUAAAGGCGCACGACGUAGCGCAGUCAGCGCAGGAGUUGUGCUACCGCGCAUUGCACAAUUGUGCGCGUAGAGGCGCCGCCGCUCGGGCGAAACACGCGCGCCUCCUUGACAAGCAACGCCGCGUGCGCAGCAUAGUGCACGGGAUGCGCAUACGCGGGGAGCCUCAGCAGCACAUCGACGACGUCGAGGAAACGCUAACCCCGCCCGAAUUGGCGGUGCUGAAAGAUGUUGAGAAGCAGCUGAAGCAGCUCAGCGCGGCGGAGUUGGAGCUCGACAGGAACCUCUUCAUCGUCAACUGGUACUUCAUGUACCAGCAG